CACAAAUCCACAGUCUGUAAGUAUCACAUCCUCUGUAGCUGUAAACACUGGACUAAGGAAGGAGUAGAGACUUUCAGAAGAUGAAGACAAGUAACAAAUUCUGAUAGGACUGUAGGAGAACACAGAGUUAAAACCUCCUGGAAGUUUUGGAGAGCUUAGCUGGAACCAACGGGCUGGUCCUUGAGGACAGCAUUGUCGGCACCAUCAUGAUAUCACAACCCAUGACCAACGAGACCUUUGUAGUUCUCACACCAAAUGGCAUCACUUUCCUCCAAACAGAGAGCCCCAAACCCGCCUACCAGAGUCAGGGCAGCCUAAAGAAACAGCUAAAGGUAGAGGUCAAAGUUCUUGGGACUAUCCAGAUCCUGUGUGGGAUGAUGGUGUUGAGUUUGGGAAUCAUUUUGGCAUCUGCUUCCUUCUCUCCACAAUUUACUCCAGUGUUUUCCACUCUGUUGAAGGCUGCUUACCCAUUCAUAGGAGCCUUGUGUUUUGUCAGCUCUGGAUGUCUAUCAAUUAUCACAGAGAGAAAGUGCACUAAGCCUUUGGUUCAGAGCAGCCUGGCUGCAAACAUUCUGAGUUCUCUAUUUGCUCUGGUGGGUUUCAUUCUCCUCUCUGUCAAACUGGCUGCUUUGGAUCCUGCCUUACGGAAGUGUAGCUUGGACAAACAGCAUACACCAACUGAAUACUAUUAUGACCCCUAUGAAAACGACUGCCCCAAGGCCAAAGCUAUUCUGGUUGGAACCAUGUCUGUGAUGCUGAUUUGUACACUACUGGAGUUCUGCCUAGCUGUGCGCGCUGCUCUGGUUUGGUGGGAACAGUCUUGCUCUGACUUCCCUGGGGUGAGUGUAUGGCCAGACUCCCUGAGUUUUGCCUGGUGUGUCUCCAUUUCUGGGCUGUGUUGAGCUAUGUCAUCAAGAGUGGCAGAAGGGACAGUCAACCGUUGGUCAUGAGAUAUACAUAGGAGGUGGUUUGAUGGUGAUGGGAGACAGUUAGAUGAGGAAAGCAGACGGCAGUUGAGUAGCUGACCAGCUGAGGAUUCACUGAAUGGGAAGAUACUUGAAUCUAAGCAAUCAACUUGUUCAAUAUUCCCAUUUUGUAAAUUCAGAAACUUAGGAAGUUAAAUGACUUGCCCAGCAUUAUGCUAUGAGUUUGUGCCUGUGCUCAGGUCACUGGAAUUUAGUUUGCCUCUCUUCCAGGCAGGAGCACUUUCUGCCACAGCCGCUUGUCUCUUUAAAAGUCUUGACUUGGUA